CCACCGUCGUUAAUGUAUGUCGGCGCAGGGGUCUGCCAAAAAAUGCAAUUUGUAUGUUUGGAUUUUUAGUUUAUUUGUUUUACGGUUUAAAAUUUUUUACAUAUUGAGAAGAUAAAAACGAUAGUAAACAACUAUGAUCGACAUUUUGGAAAACAAAUAUCCUUGUCGUAAUAGCUUCAUUAAAAAUCUUUUUGAUUUGAUUCCAAACAAGGAAGAAUCAUUUCCACCCGCAAUUUUUGUUUACGGACAUGCUGGAACUGGAAAAACUGCAAUUAUAAAAGAUUUUUUGAGACUUAUUAAAAAGGAGAAACAAAUUAAUUGCGUACACGUUAAUUGUGUUGAGUGUUAUACAUCGAAAAUCCUUUUAGAAAAUACUCUAGAAGAAUUAAUUUGCGAUAGUGGUGAUCAAAAUAUUCGAUGCGAUACUCUGAAAGAAUUUAUAGAACACUUGAGAAGCGUUAACAACUAUGAGCAAAAGAGCUAUGUUAUAGUUCUGGAUAAUGCCGACCGCUUACGAGAUAUGGAUGGAAAUAUAUUACCAUCGCUACUCCGAUUGCAGGAGAUGGCAGGUCUUAAUAUAUGUGUAAUAUUAAUAUCGCAAAUUCCAUUUGAAAAGUUUUACUCCAAGACUGGAUUAACUGAGGUGAUAACACUCCAUUGUCCACAAUAUUCCAAGGCAGAAACAUUAAAAAUUUUAAGUACACAGUUUGAAAUAGCUCGUCAAAUGCUAAGAAGCCACAUAAGAGCACAGGAUAUGGAUAAAGAAUUAUCACAAGUUAACAUUGUAAACGAAAUAAAUCAUGAUUUCUUUAAUAAUUACCUGAACAUAUUUUUGAGUGUAUUUUACAAGGCCUGUCGCGAUGUUCCUGAACUAAAAAUAACGGCAUGUAAUUGUUUUAUUACUUAUAUGGAACCAGUACUAAACAAAUCUAUUGAUAUAACUGAUGUUUCAAAACUUUGGCGUAACAUAGCGGCACCGUUACGUGCUGCAUUAUCACAGGUUUAUAUGCGCUACGAUAAAUCUGAGGUAAGUAUAAGUUCAGUGGUUUACCGGUUUUACAAAUACUGAUUUUAUCUAAUCCGG